UCUUACCGGAAGUAGACUGACGAAAUUUCCGGUGUCUCUACCUUCUUUGUCUCCGGGCCAACAUUUCGACAGCGAGGAUAUAUUUACACAUAUAUCCGUUUUCUGAUAUUGAAUGACAGUCGAUUCUGAAAUAUUUAUGCCUAAAAAUAAAGCGCCAAAAAUGGAUGACCUGGACUACAUCCCGGUAGACCUGAGCCCAGAGGAGCGGUCUGAGCUGGAGGACAUUCGCAGGCGGAAGGGCGUCCUGUUGCAGGAGAUUCAGAGGCUCAGAGAAGAAUUAAGAGAGGCAAUUCUAGAGGUGGAGGGACUGGAGACCAGCACAGAGGGCAGUAAAACUCUACAGAAAAGUAGGCAUGUGGCAAUGGGAAGGAAGAAAUUCAACAUGGACCCAAAAAAGGGCAUUGUGUUUCUGGUGGAGAAUGAGUUGCUCCGACACACUCCAGAGGACAUCGCUCAGUUCUUGUACAAGGGAGAGGGCCUCAACAAGACUGCUAUAGGAGAUUACCUGGGAGAAAGGGAUGACUUCAACAUCAAAGUUCUUCAGGCCUUUGUUGACCUCCAUGAAUUCACUGAUCUCAACCUCGUCCAGGCCCUCAGACAAUUCCUGUGGAGUUUCCGUUUGCCUGGUGAAGCCCAGAAAAUUGAUAGAAUGAUGGAGGCCUUCGCCCAGAGAUACUGCCACUGCAACCCUGGUGUCUUCCAGAGCACCGACACGUGCUACGUUCUGUCAUUUGCCAUAAUUAUGCUGAACACAAGCCUUCAUAACCCCAAUGUGAGGGACAAACCUGGAGUGGACCGUUUCAUCUCGAUGAACCGGGGCAUCAACGAAGGGGGCGACCUGCCAGAGGAGCUGCUCAGAAAUCUCUAUGAAAGCAUUAAAAAUGAGCCCUUCAAGAUUCCUGAGGAUGAUGGCAACGACCUGACACACACCUUCUUCAACCCUGACAGAGAGGGUUGGCUUCUCAAACUUGGGGGAAGAGUGAAGACCUGGAAACGGCGAUGGUUCAUUCUCACAGACAACUGCCUUUAUUACUUUGAAUACACCACAGAUAAAGAGCCACGAGGUAUCAUUCCCUUGGAAAACCUUAGCAUCCGUGAGGUUGAAGAUCCAAGGAAACCAAACUGCUUUGAGUUGUACAUCCCCAACAACCGUGGUCAGCUGAUUAAGGCAUGUAAGACGGAGGCUGAUGGGCGAGUAGUGGAAGGGAACCACAUGGUGUACCGCAUCUCUGCCCCCACACCUGAAGAGAAGGACGAAUGGAUCCACAGCAUCAAGUCUGCCGUCAGUGUUGAUCCCUUCUAUGAAAUGCUUGCUGCCAGAAAGAAGCGUAUAUCACUGAAGAAGAAGGAGGAACAGCAGUAGAUGAUUCCCUUCAUUCUCUCCCUGUCUUCCUCUGUUCUCAUCUCUCCUCCAACACGAGACACAUACUUUGUCCCUGUUCACAUCGUUGGCCUGUGCUCGCUCUCCUAAAAAUGGACUCCUUGCUAUACUGUCUACAGACUUUUGAAAAGCUACACUCAGCGUGAAGAGCUCACCCACUGUGGCUGCCUCUUGGUUACACUACAGCCAGAGCACACUGUCUGACCCAUCUUCUCACCACAUUCCCCUCUCAUCCAGCAUGUAAGUGAACUGUGAAACAUGUCUUAGACCAUGUUCACACUAAUAUGGGUAAUUUCACAAUUUUUUUUUCUUUGUUUUGAUUUUCUUCCACACUUGGCCAUCUUUUAAAAACCACUCACCAAAUGUGAACAGAUUUGCGAACACUGAUCUUACACUGGAGAGAUGGAGGAUUUACUGUGAUCUUGAAUGUCUUAAUCCAUUUCUCAGACUCUUGACUUGCUGGUGCAUUUUCUUCUUCCCAGUUGUUUUUACCACUAAAGUUGCUCAGCAGAAAUGCUUCAGGCUGUUGGCUUAAGUGUCUUGUGCAUGCGUAAUAGAAGACAUCUUGUCUAUUUUAUUAACAUUCUAGCAUGUAUAGCAGACCAUCAUAGUAUGAUCUCAAAUUGCUAGUGUGGAUCAAAACCCAUGAAGCAGCAAGAAAUUUAUUUCUGUUAGUGUGAAUAUGGUCUUAUUUAAGGAAGCAAGGAGCUUCAGUGCUUGUGAAGUCUUUCACAUUUAUUGAUUCCACCUAAAUAAGAAAUUGCCUUUCUUGAUUGUGCUUACCCCAGACAAAAUGUGAAUUCAGUAUUCAAACACUAAUAGUAUUUAGAUUCUGUUAUUUUUGGUCAAAAAGGUGGAGAAACAAAGCAGCAAAUGAUCUCAGGUUGCUGAAAUGUGCCCGUUGCUUCCUGUAGUUCUCUUAACCACUUUAUAUGCACAUUGUUGCUACUGUCCACACUGUUACUCACUGUUCAUUACUGGUUAUAUUUACAUAAGAUUUUUAUCACCAAGUUACUGUUGACCUUAAAAAAAUGGUCAGGUCUUGAGGCGGAAAGUUGCUUUGCUUGUAGCGUGUUUCUCUACUUGUAGAAACUUGCACAUUUCCCAACGUGUUUGGGCAAUAGCAAAGCAUAGGACUAGUCUAGAGGCUUGUUAGCAAUUUGUUUAUAGCACUAAACUGAGCAGUGAUAUGGAAGAGGAUCUGGGCCACUGUGCAUAAUGGGAGUUCUGACUUUUUUUUGUCAGAAUUUUGUCUCUUUUCUGAGAAAAAAGAAAGUCAGUCACAACUUUUGUACAUUGGUCCUGAUCCUUUUCUUUACACUUAUCAUGUCCUCUCAGAUAUAAUGUUACAGUAUGCCACAAAUCAUGUCCUUCCUUAUCACUACAAGACAGACACGGACAUCUCCAGUACGAGUAAUAACUCCGUCAGACACUUAACUGUUAGAGCCAGGUCUGUCCACUAAAUCACAAAGGCAGCUCAUUACACUAUAUACUUUUUUGUAAAUAGAUGUUAGCAUAUUUGUUUACGAUGCACAUAGAAAUGAUUUAAUUUAUUCUUUAUCUUUUGUUAAAAUCAGAUUUUUGUACGAGCUGCUGUGGAACUGCAUGUUAAUAAACCAGGGCGUCACUCAUAGGUACUGAGGUGUCACUGGUCAUGCUAGUGCACUGAUCUGAAAAGUGUUAGUGUUCCCUGAUGGCUUGGAAAAUUGCAUUUAACGUGAAGGGUGAUUUAUGCGUACGUUGUCAUAAUUAUAGUUUUGGGGAAAAUAAGAUAUCUAAGCACUGAUUGUAGUCAGAUUUAACUGAACCUGCUGAUAGUUUUUCCAGUAAAACAGACUCUGUAAAGCACAAUGAUCAGUCUCUCACUCUGCUAAGCUAACAGCCAGUCUUUAUUUCAGUGGCUGCCCAGUGUUCAUUUAAGUGUGAGGAAGCUAUUCACAAGCUGAAAAUUCUAAUUAACUGAUACAUUUAAACGACAACAAACAAGGAACACUAAUAAAUAUUUGAUCUGUUAUUUAAUAGUAAAAUUAUUCACUUGUAAUGAAUCAGUGACAUGUUUAGAUUUCUGUCCAGUGAUAGUUUUGCUUGACAUCCAGUUCAUGCACUGUUUCUAGUAGUUUAUUGAAUUGGCAUUUUCAAGAUGGAAGGGAAAAAAUUGUCUAUUGCACUUUAUCAAUUUUAGCAUUUUGGAGAAGAUGCUGUUGCUUUGACUCCAAUACAGCUCCUAUACUCUGUAACACCCUCUAGUGGUAAACGCACACACAUAUGCCGCAAUAUCCCGAAGGAUGAACCAUGACCUGUGUUAUAUGCCAUCAGCUGUUUUUGACCAACAUGUACUGUAUUUGUUCAUCUGAUGAAGAUUAUGUUGCAUGAAGCUGAAUGUUUUUUGUUUUUUUUUUCCCCGUUUGCAAUCAACAUGUAGACCUUUUUUAAUGACGCAGCACGUGAUGAAUCCUUCAGUUGCCUCUCACACUUCAUCAAACUAACAAAGGCCUAACUUUAUAAUUCAGUGUUUGUGUGUCUAUUCAUCACAUCAACUGUCUGUAGGCCUUCACCUUCUGGGUAUUCUUGAAGUUAAAAGUUGCCAAAACCCUUGUUGGAACAAAUAUUUCCAUUAAAACAAAAUAAUGAACACUGAAGUGAGUGAACUGGUGCUGGUCCUCUGUUUCCUUUGAGCCCAGAGCCAGAAAAUGUGCUUAUUUUGUAUUUAUUCAUAUUUAUUUACUGAGAGCUGGAGAUGGACAGAUCACCUGUUAAUGUAGCAAAAGAAGAACCAUGAUAGAUUGGUGCCAGUAAACUACUGUGUAACAAUAAAAGGUAAG